AUGGUGAAGCAGAUCGAGAUUAAGGAUGCUUUUCAGGAAGCCUUGGACGCUGUAGGAGAAAAACUUAUAGUAGCUGACGUCUCAGUCACGUGGUGUGGGCCUUGCAAAAUGAUCAAGCCUUUCUUUCAUUCCCUCUCUGAAAAGUAUUCCAACGUGGUGUUCCUUGAAAUAGACGUGGAUGACUGUCAGGAUGUCGCUUCAGAGUAUGAAGUCAAGUGCAUGCCAACCUUCCAGUUUUUUAAAAAGGGACAAAAGGUGGGUGGAUUUUCUGGAGCUAAUAAGGAAAUGCUUGAAGCCACCAUUAAUGAAUUAAUCUAA